AGAUAUAACCCCAUUUCAUAUCAGACAGUGAAGGGUUAGAAGAGGUUCGGCUGCGACGCAGAAACCCUAGAAGGAGAAGAAAGAUGCCGGCUGGUCAUGGUUUGAGAUCUCGUACGAGAGACUCUUUCUCUCGUCCAUUCAGGAAGAAGGGUACAAUCGCCCUUGCCACUUACCUCAGAACCUAUCACAUCGGCGAUUAUGUUGAUGUCAGGGUUAACGGUGCUGUACACAAGGGUAUGCCUCAUAAGUUCUACCACGGUCGUACUGGCCGCGUUUGGAAUGUUACCAAACGUGCCAUUGGCGUUGAGGUUAACAAACAAGUGAGGAACAAGAUUCUCAGGAAGAGAAUCCACGUUCGAGUGGAGCAUGUUAUGCCUUCUAGGUGCACUGAGGAGUUCCGUUUGAGGAAGAUUAAGAAUGAUCAACUUAAGGCUGAGGCUAAGGCAAAGGGUGAAGUCAUUAGCACCAAGCGCAAGCCAGAGGGACCUAAACCUGGUUUCAUGGUCGAAGGAGCUACAUUGGAAACUGUUACUCCAAUUCCAUAUGAUGUGGUUAAUGAUCUUAAGGGAGGAUACUAGUCAUUUUAUUUUUCCUAAUGUUUUGUAGACUGUCUGAUUUUGUUUGGAAUUUUGUGAAAGCACUACAAUUAUGCGAAAUUCAGAGUCAGUUUUUGUGUUGUUUAUUCUGAAUACAUCUAGAUUUUCAAAUAUUAUCUUCAUUAUAUCUUUUUAAUAA